CGCCACGCUCUCCAUGGCAGGCGAGCACCGCAGCGCGGCGCGGCUGGCGCUGGCUUCGCUGCCGGGGGCGCCCCGGGCGCCGCUCCACCUGCUCCCCUGCUCCGUCCGGCACGACGGCGCCGCCGCGGUGGCGCGCUACUUCGCGCCCGCCGUCCGCCGCACUCCGGGGGCGGCCGACGGAGAGGCCUCCGUGUCCUUCCGUGGCAGAAGCCUGAAGGGCAAGCAAAGCCGUCUUCCCAAAGGGCAUGUCGGAUUAGUGCUGGAAGAGGCCACCUUAGUCCUAACACCCAAGGAACGGGAAGUGAGUGUGAAAUCAACCUUUGAUUCCCUGAUGAUAUGGAACCUGGAACGAGCACCAACUAACAGUGAUGAAAUCAUCAUGGCUCUGGCUUGGCCAGAAAUUGCACAAGGGAUCCAUGCCCCUGUGACCGAGUGAGGAAGAUCACAGCGUUGCCUGAACGUAUCCUGUAGAAAAUAGAUUGGGCUCCAACUUAAAAUGUGGACUUGGGGGAAGAAGAGCAUGGAACACACUUCGCCCCCACCCCGUGCUGCCCUUUUGCUUACUCUGUUUCCUUCCAAGCUUAAUUUGCAGUUUACGCUAUAAUACAGCCACUUGGAAAAAUUGUGGCUUUCCAUGAAUCUUGGUUUGAUUAGAAAUUAAACAUUAAAUGGCUUAGAAAUUAAACAUUAAGUUUUUUAAAAAAAAUUUUUUUGCUUCUGUGGGCACAGUUCCUACCAAAGUUUGAGCACAUCUUGCUUCCAACUGCAGACAGACAAAACCCUGUCUGGAAUGUCCCCUAGGUGUUUCCUGCUACUACCUGCGUUUUUUAAAAAAAUAAUUAAACCUCUGAUAAUUUUGAAA